CGCGCGUGCGACCGACGGCCCGCCGCCAGCGCCGUCGGGCCCGUCGGCACUCGACGGCAGACCAGCUGUGCGGCGCGGGCGGGGACCAAGUGUGGUGAGACGGUGGUGUGUGACAGCUUCUUCGCGUGAGAAGUCGAGCAGGAGGAACUGUUAUCAACACAUGCGGUGCUGCGCUAACUGCAAAAAAAGAGAAACACGGAGAAGCAGAACCGCUACCAUCCAACGGUCUGUUCGGUCAAGGCCCGCCUGUCACCAUGAACUGACGUUGGUCCGGCCACACCAUGUCCUCUGAGGCACCGGAGAGCCAGCCGACGGACCUGAAGGGCUGCCCUGCGGACCUAGCAGAGAUGCGGGAGCCGGUAUCGGACCAGACCCCUCCGCCGGACCACCAGCAGCAGGCGGCCGCGCUCUCUGACGAGGCGGUGACGGCGUUCCUCACGGAGCGUCCCCAGUUCGUGCAGCAGUGGCUGCGACAGCGCGGCGGCAGCGCGCUGGGCACCGUCGCGCCGCCGGUGGUGCUGCGCAGUCGGAACUCAAUCACGGACGACCUGUUCCGUGACCUGCUGGAGCAGCGGCGCGGCUCCCCGACACCCGUCACCAGCUCUGUGACACCCAGCUCGGCGGCGCUCGACGAGAACGAGCUCAUGAUUGAGCUCAUCAGGGAUAUCGCCAACGAGUUCGACAUCCACCUGCUCUGUCGGAAGAUCAUGAAGAACGUGGGGGUGCUGACGCACGCCGACCGCGGCAGCCUGUUCCUGGCCAAGGGCUCGCGAGGGCAUCGCUACCUGGUGGCCAACGUCUUCGAUGUCAUGGGUGACGAGGAGGGCGCAGGAAAUAUGCAGUUGAAGGCAGCCGGAGAGAUCCGAAUUCCGUUCGGACUGGGCAUUGCCGGCUACGUGGCGCAAACAAAGGAGAUCGUCAACCUGGCUGAUGCUUAUCUGGACCCGCACUUCAGCCCCGAGGUGGACGAGAUGACCGGCUACAAGACGGGCUCGCUGCUCUGUAUGCCCAUCUGCAACCAUGCUGACGAGGUGAUCGGGGUGGCGCAAAUCAUCAACAAGCAAGGAGCCGAGUGCUCGGCCUUCACCGAGGCCGACGUGCAGAUAUUCCAGAAAUACUUGGUGUUUUGUGGAAUAGGACUUCAGAACGCCCAACUUUUCGACCUGUCUAUAUCAGAAUUUAAGAAGAACCAGAUUCUUCUAAAUCUAGCGCGAGGGAUUUUCGUAGAGCAAUACAGUCUGGAGAACCUGGUGAAGAAGAUAAUGCGUGAAGCCACGGACCUGCUACACUGCGAGCAGGCGGUUGUUUUCCUGCGGGACGACCACCACGACUCGACGGCGACGGGCUCGGAGUUUGGCCUGCCGCCGGUGCGCUCCUCGGACCAGCUGUCCAGCUCUCUGCCCGUGACCCGCACCACCUCACGGGAGAGCGGCACCACGGAACAGGCGGCCACAUUCGUCCAGUGUUUCAGCCUCACCACAGACUCCGGGGGUGAACAGAACGUUCGCUCGCUGCCUGAAGUCGAAUUCCGGCAGCUGCCUCUACAUGAUGUGGCGCUCCGUGUGCUCGAGACUGGAGAGACCAUGGCCACCUCGGACGGUGAUGAGGACGGCGAGACGGUGGGCAUUCGGUGGCACCACGACGACAGGAGCUCCAAGAUGCGCUCCGUGCUCACCAUCCCGAUCCACAACCAGAGUCACACCAUCAUCGGAGUGGCACACUUCAUCAACAAGGAGAACGGCCACUGUUUCACGGACCAGGAUAUACGGGCAGUGGAGACGUUCGGCGUGUUCUGUGGCCUCGGCAUCCACAACAGCCAGAUGUACGAGAACGCCUGUCGACUGAUGGCCAAACAGCGCGUGGCGCUCGAGUGUCUGUCUUACCACGCCACAGCCAGCGCCGAGAGCACAGCAGAGCUGGUCAGUCGACACGUGCCCUCCGCGCUGCAGCUCAACCUGUACAGUCAUCAGUUUGAUGACAUGGAGUUGGACAACAAGGACACGUGCACGGCAGCCAUCAGGAUGUUCAAGGACAUGAACAUGAUCAAAAAGUUCAGAAUUCCUUACGAAGUGCUUUGUCGCUGGAUUCUCAGCGUACAGAAAAAUUACCGUCCAGUCAAGUACCACAACUGGAGACACGCUCUGAACGUUACACAGACCAUGUUUGCACUGCUGAGAACGGGAAAAAUGGCCGGCUUCAUAUCAGAUCAAGAGGUGCUGGGUCUGAUGGUGGCCUGUCUGUCGCACGAUCUAGACCACCGCGGCACCAACAACGCCUUCCAGUCCAAGACGGACAGCCCGCUGGCCAUGCUCUACUCGACCAGCACCAUGGAGCACCACCACUUUGACCAGUGCGUCAUGAUUCUCAACAGCGAGGGCAACAACAUCUUCCAGGUGCUGAAGCCCGAGGAUUACCGACAAGUGAUGGACACGGUGCAGCAAGCCAUCCUGUCCACGGACUUAGAGCAAUACUUCAAAACAAAGCCCCAGUUUCUGCAGGUCAUCAGAAACGGACAACCCGACUGGCACGACUCGCACAACAAGAAGCUGCUGAUGGGUAUGCUGAUGACGGCCUGUGACGUCAGCGCCAUCUCCAAGCCGUGGGAGAUCCAGCACCGCGUGGCCAAACAGGUGGCGGAUGAGUUCUUCUACCAGGGAGACCUGGAGAGGACCAAGCUGAACGCCCAGCCCAGCGCCAUGAUGGACAGGGAACGACGGGACGAGUUGCCUAAAAUGCAAAUGGAGUUCAUCAACUUGAUAUGCAUUCCACUCUAUUUGGGCCUGUCGGAGGCGUUCCCCUGGAUGCGGCCCAUGUACGAGGGCUGUCUGCAGAACCUGAAACACUGGCAGGAGCUCUCUGACCAGGUGGACAUGGGCCUCACCUGGAUCGACCGAGACUCCAUCGAGGAGCCCGUCGAAACGUCACGGGACAUUUCGGUGAAUCGAAUCACUCUCCACGGCAAGAUUACAGACUCACCAGCGAGCAAACCAGAAAGGACAUUAAGCGUUAAGGUGCAGAAGCCGAGCCGGAGCAGCGGCAACGUGUCUCCGCAGUCUCACAACUCGACCACCAUGUCGAUGGCGAGCUCUGACCGGCGCAGCUCGGCGCCGAGCGGUCAGCAGCCGGCGGCGCUCGGUCGACACCGGCGCUUCGGGCGCAGCUGCCGCCGCCAGGAGCAGGAAACUCGCCUCUGCGCCAUCUCGUGAGCAGACGGGGAUCUUCAGC